AUGAGAAAAAUGGCAUCUUCUCCUUUGAAUUUGAGAUCAAAAGCACCCCAUUUCCAUGCUCGAUCUGUGAGCCUACCCUCCACAUCUCACCCUCUACUUCCUCAAUUCAAUGAACAUAUGUGCAGGGCCUUUGAAUCCACCUCUUCUUCUUCUUCUUCAUCAUCAUCAUCGCCAUCAAUGAGCAGUAGACUAAGCGGUCUUGAAGAUUUGUAUGAUUGUAUAGACGCUUUGAUUCUACUGCCAAGCACCCAGCAAACCUUCGCCAGAGGACACCACGAGAAAUGGGUCGACGAGGCAUUGGAUGGAUUUCUCAGGCUCCUGGAUGUGUGUUCCAUAGCGAAAGAAGUUUGUUCUCAAACGAAGCAAGACGUUCGAGAACUUCUUUCAAGCUUGCGAAGAAGAAGAAGUGGCAUGGGAAAUAUAAUUAAUGGAUACUUGAUAGCCAGAAAGAAGGCCCAAAAGGCAAUCCAUAAGUACAUGAAGGAUUUGAAAACCAUCAAAAACAAACGAACCCACAUUGGUUUGGAUACAGAUCAUGAAACUAUGGCCAUUGUGACAAUGUUAAAUGAGGCUGAAACAAUCACUCUCACAUCGGUUGAGUCCUUAUUGACCUUUGUUGCAGCAACAAAGGUACAAUCACGGCCAAGUAAAUGGUCUUUGGUUUCGAAGUUGAUGCAAUCCAGAAAAGUAGCAUGUGAAGAUGAAGAAGAAACUGAUAUAAAUGAAUUUGAGAAGGUGGAUGGUAUAUUGCAGUCACUCAUGAUCACUCAAAAGACAAGUAAAUCUGGGAACACAAUGGAUGUGGAUUAUGUUCAAAUGCAAUUGGGGAAGAUGGAAUCGAGCAUUCAAGAUCUGGAAGAGGGACUAGAGUCGUUAUCUAGGCGAUUAAUCAGAACCAGAGUUUCUCUCCUCAAUGUUCUAAAUCACUAG